CAACCAAUGAAAAAGCAGCUGUUGCAAAAUAUCAACAAAGCUUAAGAGUUUUGUAUGAGAGUUAAUUGUUAUCAUUGCAUGUGAUGGAGAAAGCGAAAGAAGAGGCGGAGAAAUAUAGCGAGUAUGUACGAGAAAAGCUGGGGGACAUUUUAUCGACGGCUGUGGCGGACGUUGCUGAGGCCCGGCCCGAGGAUCCUAUAGGUUUCCUAGCCCAGAAACUCCACGCCGCCUCGAGACAACGCAACACAGCAACAACAGCAACAGCAGCGGGAUCUAGACCAAGUGUUGCUGCUUUGAAACCACGACAGAGUUAUGGAGUUCGUGUUACUAAGUCGAGAUUAUCCCGGUGCAGGGUAGAAAAUGAAAUGUCCCAGAUUCGGGUGCAAACGGUCAGGAAAUUUGAGAAAGUUACAGAAAAUACGAACAAUUCGAAAGAAACACUUAUGUCAAAGCAAGCAACAGGCAUUUUCAAGAAGUUAGGAUUAGAGGAUAGUGGACAAUUGCCGUCAUCAACAAACGAACGAAGGGGUUACACGACAGAGUCAGUACGAAGGGCGGACGAACAUAAACGGCAAACUAUUACGUCACAAUUAACGCACAGAGAGCGGAUUUCUGAUUUAGAUGACGAGGGUUUUGAGGACGCCACAACCUUUGGUCGGACUAUUAAACCAGUGUUUGUCCACCACUACCUCAAAUAUAAUCUAGGUGACCUCCAGUGUGAUUUAUUUGAUGAUAGCGAUUUAUCUUGAAAGUGAAUUAAUGAGAAGUAAACAUUUAAACAAUGCAUUCCUCCCUCGUUCCUCGAAGAUUAUCGUGUUGACUGACUCGUAGCUAAACUUUGUAUGAGGACAGGUGAUGUGAAAGUUGUGUCAUAGAUAUGCUCCAUUCUGUUCUCAGUAAGCAUGGUUGUAUAAAAAUAUGUCUGUUCUAUUCGCAUACUUAAAACUUAUAAUUUUCAAUUCGAGAAAUCGGAACUUGCAGAUCAAAAUUCAACGUAUUUUAUAUCCAUGUCGCACAGCGUAGACACAUCUCCGAUCACUAGAUUCCGGUGUAGCAAAGUAACCUCCCCCUAAUGCUAGCCACCCCACCCCCACAAACCCGACUUUUUUCCUUGAAAAAAUGGUUAUAUAGCAGGAUUACACCCACGGAAAUAAUGGUUAUACAUGUAUAUAGUCAGACUUCUCCUAUUACAGCAAAAUUACCCCCACGGAAAAUCUGGUAUAUAGUAGAAUUUCUACUUUAAGGUAGCUCCAAUCUCACGUGACAAUAGAAAUAUACCCUUUUGGGGGAAUGUAUUCCCUGUGUAUAAUGAAAAAACUAGAAACUAUUUUAAAACUUAAAUAGUACAUUUUUUACAAAUAAUCAAUUAUUUAUAUUUUUAAAAGCGUUGUCAAGGGCGACAACUCCUAUGCUGGUAUUUCUUCUAUUGAAUUGUAUGUCUAUUAUACAAUGAUAUCCACAAUUAAUUUAUACAUGCACGUGUCUAUAAAGUAGUAGUUCCUGAAACUGUU